AUGUACUGCCCUUAUUCAAAUCGUUUACUCCCCAGUCUCCCCUGUUUUUUUCCUUUACACAACACGCUAAACCCUAGCUCAACCAUCCGGCCUCUGCAUCCUCUAGAAGACGAUCUCAAAUCGAAAAUUCAAGUGAUGACGGGUGGAUCGAAUGCGGUGGAUGCCACAACUUUAUCCUGUGCUAAAUGUGGCAAACCUGCUCAUCUUCAGUGCCCAAAGUGUGUGGAGUUAAAGCUUCCUCGUGAAGGUGCUGCUUUCUGUACCCAGGACUGUUUCAAGGCAUCCUGGAGUUCUCACAAGUCAGUUCACUCAAAGUCAAUAUCUUCCUCUGCACCUGUAAAUCCUGGUGAACAAAAUGUAGCAUCACCAAAUGAUGGUUUGCUAUACUGCUUGAGGAAAGGACAAGCUCGCUCGCCUAAACUUCCGCAUUUCGAGUGGACUGGGUCAUUAAGGCCAUAUCCAAUAUCAAAAAGACGUCCAAUACCUGCUCAUAUAAAUCAGCCUGACUGGGCACUUGAUGGAAUCCCAAAAAUUGAACCCAACAGUCAUCUGCAGUAUCAUGUUGAGAUCAAGGCUCCAGAUCAAAUUGAGAAAAUGAGAGAAACUUGCCGAAUAGCUAGGGAAGUUUUGGAUGCAGCUGCUUGUGUCAUUCGACCUGGAAUUACUACUGAUGAAAUUGAUGCGGUGGUUCAUGAAGCUACAAUUGCUGCUGGAGGAUAUCCAUCUCCAUUAAAUUACCAUUUCUUCCCAAAAUCUUGCUGCACGUCUGUGAAUGAAGUAAUUUGCCAUGGGAUUCCAGAUGCAAGAAAAUUAGAGGAUGGUGAUAUUGUAAAUGUCGACGUGACUGUGCACUAUAAAGGGGUACAUGGUGACUUGAAUGAAACAUUCUUCGUUGGUAAUGUUGAUGAAGCAUCUCAACGGCUGGUUCAAUGUACAUAUGAGUGUUUGGAGAAAGCAAUAGCAGUUGUUAAACCUGGCGUACGUUUCCGGGAAAUCGGAGACAUUAUCAACCGACAUGCUUCUAUGUCAGGGUUCUCUGUGGUGAAAUCAAUUUAUGGUCAUGGUAUUGGAGAGCUCUUCCAUUGUGCACCAAAUAUACCCCAUUAUGCAAGAAAUAAAGCAGUUGGUGUGAUGAAGGCAGGGCAGACCUUUACCAUUGAGCCUAUGAUCAAUGCAGGUGUUUGGCGUGACCGUAUGUGGCCUGAUGGAUGGACAUUUGUAACUGCAGAUGGCAAAUGCAGCGCCCAGUUUGAGCACACUCUUUUGGUGACGGAUACUGGGGUUGAAGUCCUUACAGCACGGCUGCCUACAUCCCCCAAUGUGUUCCCAUGGUUAAAUCCUUAA